AUGACUCCCCCGAAUCUCCGCACCGUCCUCUUCUUCCCGCCUCACCUCUCCCCCAAUCCCACUACCCUCCCCCUUCUCACAGCCCUUCAAUCGCUACUCAACGUCUCCUACACUGCCACAUACUGCCUUCGUCCAGAUAUCUUCGGCACCUCGCACCUCCGAAUCGCAGAUCCGGCCACAUUCGCCGACAUCAUCGGCGCGGACGGCUUCACCAUCGUCGUCUUCGCUGUGAAAAGCGAUCAGCGCCGGGAUCCGACCGAAAGCAGCGACGGCGACAGGGCGCAUGCGAAGAGGGAUGGCGAGCUGGCGCAGAUGGUAGCGACCGGUAGCGUAAUGGCCGUCGAUGACGAGGAUGUCAGAAAGCGCGCGCAGUGGGCGUCCCGUGCCGGGCGGGCUGCUCCAGGUCAAGAGAGGCAGGGCAGAAAUGACUCCGAUUCUAAUUCCAUCUCUGCUGCGUUGGGAGAACUCAACGACAAACUCCAAGCGCUCUAUCGUGAACGACAAAACCCGGUUCCCAUACACGAACUUCGCGCCUUUGCGGUCUCGCCUACGCAUCGGGGCCUUGGGCUUGGCGCUCGCGUUUUGAAAACUGUGGAGUGGCUGCUUGGUCGCGAUGGGGUUGGAGUGCUGGAUUUUUCAAGGGGAGUACAUGCGCCGGGAUCUUCAGGGGCGCAUUUGUCGUCGUCGUUGCGGACUGAGAUGGGUGGUCAGGUGCACGGGGUGGAUUUGGAUGAGGUGAUGAAGGUUUGGGAUCAGAAUAGAAUUGCAGAUUUCGCUGGGUCUGAAGCUAAGCAGUUGGAAAAAGACACUGCAAGCGGUGUAGAGUGUCAGUUGGGUCAUCGCAAACUUAGGCUCGUCGCUAUCCGCGAGCUCGGCAACGAGGGUUACUAUCAAAGGCGAGGAUAUAAAAGCCUUAGGACCGGUAUCCUGCCAUUGGGUACUUGGGGCAGUAAUGCUGAGUGCACUACUGUGUAUAUGGAGAAAAGUAUCUGA